CCCCGGGAUGAGGAGAGUAUGUGAGUGUCCACAGAAGAGAACAGGGAAAUGAAGUUGUCAGACAGGCCAACCCAGCGACUCUCUCUUCACAACUAGGCAGCUAGCAAGUUAGGUGACAGUCGGUCACGAGAAGAGAGAUUUUCAUGAAAUAUCACAGCUAUGAACGUCGUCCGUCUGAGCAACUUGUAGCCACAAUUGGUACACGUUAGAUAGACACAGCUACAGAUCUCAGAUAACGUUACAGACAUUUCAAAGUAACGUUACAGUAGAAAAAGAAAGUGGAGACAACUUGCUAGCCUGCUAGCUAACCUUUAGCCACCGAGCCUCCUUCGGCUUAAAAACUACAGUUCACUCGCAGAGAUCUGGGCUUGGAUCACCUCUCUUCAGUCAUGCCUUUUCCUUUUGGGAAGUCUCAGAAGAGUCCAGCUGAAAUAGUGAGGAGUUUGAAGGAGAACAUGGCAUACAUGGAAAAGCUGGAUGCUGGAGACAGCAAGAAGUGUGAAAAGGUUGCAGAAGAGGUGUCCAAAAAUCUGGCCUCACUGAAGGAGGUGCUCUGUGGAACAGGUGACAAGGAGCCUCAAACUGAAGCGGUGGCUCAGCUCGCACAGGAGCUGUACAACACCAACCUUCUCAUUGCACUCAUUGCCAACCUGCAGAGGAUUGAUUUUGAGGGGAAGAAGGAUGUGGUUCAUUUGUUCAGCAAUAUAGUGAGACGUCAGAUUGGCACUCGCACUCCCACUGUAGAGUACAUUUCUACACACCCACAGAUCCUCUUCAUGCUUCUGAAAGGAUAUGAGAGUGCAGAAGUGGCUCUAAACUGUGGAAUGAUGCUGAGGGAGUGCCUGCGUCACGAGCCUUUAGCACGGACGGUGCUCUUCUCUGAAGAGUUCUUCUGCUUCUUCCGUUAUGUAGAGCUCUCAACCUUUGACAUUGCCUCAGACGCUUUUGCCUCGUUCAAGGAUCUCCUCACAAGACACAAGAUCAUGUGUGCAGAUUUCCUGGAGAACAAUUAUGACAGGGUUUUUACAGAAUACGAGAAGCUCCUGCACUCUGACAACUACGUCACCAAACGACAGUCUUUGAAGCUCCUUGGGGAGCUUCUCCUGGAUAGACACAACUUCACUGUCAUGACAAAGUACAUCAGUCGGGCAGAAAACUUGAAGCUGAUGAUGAACUUGCUAAGAGACAACAGCCGGAACAUCCAGUUUGAAGCGUUCCAUGUCUUCAAGGUAUUUGUUGCAAACCCCAACAAGACUCAACCCGUGCUGGACAUCCUGCUGAAGAACCAGACCAAACUUGUGGAGUUCCUGAGCCACUUCCAGACGGACAGAUCCGAGGACGAGCAGUUCUGUGAUGAGAAGAACUAUCUGAUCAAGCAGAUCCGGGACCUGAAGAGGCCCACCGCACCGGAGGAAGCCUAAAAGUAGCAGGGAUGACUGCUCCAUCAGGUGGUAGAUUUUUAGAGGUAGUGGCUGGAGCUGCAGAGGGCUAAGUGAGAGUCUAAAAGUCACGCUUCAUUAAGAUUAAAUAUUAACUACAAAACAUAGGAAAAAAGUAAAGAUUACUUCCUUCACUUUCUGUUUUUAGUGUGGAUAUGGAGGUGAUUUCCAUCCAGCAACCUGAGUGGGCCAAGAACUGUUAUUUAAACCAUAGUGUUUCCUCUUUAGUCAUAAUGAAAUUGCAUUUAGUCUGUUGUUUUAAUGUUGGACCUUAAACUGUUACCUUUCCACAUACAUUGUCACUGGCAGAGACCUUAGAAUGACAGAAACUUCACCCAGUUCACAGCUAACACGAGCUCUGAGGUAUUCUUGAAAGUCUCUUUUUUUUCUAGAAACUUGUCUAUAUUUUAGAUUGAAAAGCUGAGGAGACGUAAAUAUAUUAUUUUUCUAAUGUAUCUUUAUGGUAAGCAGUUUAAAACAUACAGUAACUCUUUUCUCAUUGCUUUGCCUAACUGAUUGCAUAGGUUUGGUUUAUUGCCUUAUUGUAAGCUGUUGUAUUGUACAGGGACUUCAGUGAGCUUUAGAAAUACAGCUUUGGCUGAGUGACAUAUGGAUCAUAUUGGCCAGGUCAGCCAUUUUUGAUGAUUAUUGUGUAGUUAUUAGGCCUUCCAGUUGCAUGUGUGAGGUUACAGAGGUCUGAAAUGAUCCUGCAGUGCUGUACUUGCCAAUGGAUUAGCUGGCACAGGAAGAGAAAAUCAAAACCAUAGAGGAAUCAAUUUAUUGUGCUGUGAUUUUUAGGCUGAGGCUACAUGACUGAAAUAGAAACACGGCAUCAGAUAAUGCUGCAGGGUAGCAGCCAUCCAUUCACUGCUAAUGUGGACAGCCAGGAUAUACAGAUUGAUCUCACUCGUAGCACUCCAUUUCAUCCUCACUCACUGAGCACAGAUAGCAAUAAUUCAUUUGAAACAAUGAUUUAACAAAUAAUUAAUUCAUGUGGUUUUAAACUACUUGAUAUAUGCCAUCUUAGGCGUUUUCUUUCACAUUAUUAGCACUGCAUAACACAAGAAAUAAUACUGCAGUUUACACAGAGUUGUUGCAUAAGGAUGCAUCAUAAGUAUGUUACACUGUAAAUCUAUUGUGUUCAUAUCAGAGAGUUGUUGACAUGUUGAAGAGACUUUACACUAAUUUUGGUUGGGAUUGUUGUUUCUUGAAAAACUUUAAAGAUUUUCUUUGACACUCAGUGAACAUCUGCUACACUGGACAUGAGAACUGGGCAAACUGUAGGGAAUGGACUGUUUGAUUUGACUGGAAUAUUUUGUUAAAACUAAUGACAUCACUUUAAUCACACAUCUCCCAUCCAGACAGUUAGUUACUACUAAAAGACUACUAAAAGAAAAGAGAGGUGCUGAAACACACACACAGGAUUUUAAAUGGUAUGUCCCUCUCUGAUAUGAUUAUAAUAAUGCAUUUUGAUAGAAUACACUUUAACAUAAUUGUGAUGCAUCAGAAAGCACUUUUCUGUCAGCUGUCACCAUAUUGUCAAAAUACCCACAAUGCACUGUUAAAAUAAGAAUGAAUUUGUUCCUCACAUGCAUCACUCAUCACUUCUACUUCUUAAAGAGACUUCUGUUGAUAUAAUUGCCUUACUACUGCCAUUGUCACUAAAAUGGCAUACUAGGGAUUUCAAGAUGUGUUGUCUGGGCGCACAGUCUUCUAGUAUAUACCUCAUGGGAUUUGAGUUUGCGGAUGCUGCGUUCUCUUUUCUUUCCUUCCUAGAUGAGAUAUUUUAUUUGACAUUUUAAGAUACACGACAGUGGUUUGUAUGCAUGCCUAAACUUGAUAUAUAUAUGUUUAAACUUGAACAGGGACUGCAAUCUGGUUUUCACGAUGGAAAACUAGAUUUUUAAACUUAAAUAUUUCAUUGGCUGGUGCCACACGUACGUUAAUUCAUAGUGAAUUGCAGUGUGGUACUCCUUAAUGAAUGUUGCCUUAUUUAAAGACAUUUAAUGGAUUGUAAUGUAAAAUUCCAGACCUCUUAAUUUGUUUUUAUGCCAAAGUAAAUAUAAAAAGGGUGAAAAUGUACAUUUCAAGUCCCAAAUGCAUUAGGCCUUCCAUUUCAUUUCUCAGACCCACAUCUAGUGCAGUGUAGAUUUGUUAUUAACUAUGUUACACUCCUAAUGUUACCCUGUGAGUGUAAAUACACAUUUUUAAAAAAUCACUUAUGGCUAUUUGGUACACUGCACCAGAUAGUCACAAAGUUAGUACCAGGCCUUUCAAGAUCCAUAAAAUAAUUUGAGAAAUCUGCUGUGAAUGUGGUACAUUAUGCAUAAAUGCAGACUGAAGUCCUGCACACAGUGCACAGCUAUGUCACCAGUUUAUGAAAGAAAGUUUGUCGGACAGUAUGUGUGAGUUUCUCAGAAUAUCCUGAUGGUGAUCAACUUUUCAGCUCCUUGAUGAGAGACUGAAGUCACUGUAAUAAUAUCCAAGAUUAUCAGCCUGUUGUUUAACAAGAUCAUGUCAUUUUUAAAGAAAAAAACAACAAAAUAUUUUCAGGUGGCAUAUAGAUGUACAUUCAAACUUUCUUGAAAUUUGAGUUCAGUCAUGACGUGCACUAUGUGAAGGACAUGCUGUACACAGAUAUCCCACCAGAGGGAGCUGUUGGCACCUUGUAUUAGUUGUAAAAACAAAGCAUUUCAUGUUUCUAUAACCCUACCUCUAAUUAUGAAUAUUUAAAUCACUGGCAAUAUUAUGUAGACAUCAACACAAAUCCCUUAAGAUCAAUACUAUAUAUUUCAUGAUUUAGAGUUCUCUGUUUAAAUAUUUGUUGUGCUUUACUUUUAUUCUAUUGCCUUAUUUUUUUCCUGUCUUUUUCCACACUCUGGAUAUUCUCUUUAUUUACCAUGGGAGAGAAUUAUAUGUACAUAACUUUAUAAAUGAUAAAUUGUGGAAGCAUUCGUGAAAAUAAAACUUUAUGGCAAUUUAA